AAGAGACCGACGACCAACGAUACGAUGGAAGCUUUAACUCUCUCUUCUUUCUAUGAGAGUUGGAAACAAACUUUAUGCGCAAAAUUGCAUGCCAAUCAUCACUCUCCAAAUCUUCCAUAAGGCACACCCAAUUACAAUUACCAAAGGGGAGAGUGCUGAGGAUCUGCUGCUGCUUCUUUUGGAAUGACUUAUAUUAGAGACUCUUUUGAAUUGGCGGCAUAGUAUUAUUGGAUUAUAUUCAUGGACGAUAGGUUGUAGGGGAAGGGGGCAAAAAAAUGCAUAAUAGUAAUGGGGAAGAGAGGAGGGGAAGGAAUUGCAAAGUGAGGAAGAGGGGAGAAUCAUCAACAUCAUCUUCUUCGUUGGCGCGGGGUUACAGGCUAAAAAGGACGGGUUUGGUGGGGCGGAGAGAAGGGGGCACCCCGCGGGUUUUGAUGAUGAUGAUGAGGGGGAGGAAGGUGGGCGACGAUGACGAUUCAAGACCCUCACCUCCAAUUUCGUCGAAAAACGAGUGUUUUGACGCGCAUUGUGGGGGCGAUAUGAGCAGAGGUUUUUCGGUUUCGGCCCGAAGAUUGGGGUUCACUUUGUGGGAGAUCAAUGGGGUUAAUACUGCUUCUUCACAUAAUAGUAGUAGAGGAAAUGAGGAUGAUCAUAGCCCUGUUUCUCAGGAGGGCAUGGAAAGGAGAAGAGUGGGAAGUGUUCAUAGAAGGAGAGCUUCCACUGGUUCUCAAAAAUUGGUGCAUUCCCAACACCAUCAUGAUGAUUUCCCUGUUUGCCUCAACCAGAAUAUAAAUAUGCAGGAAACGAGUAAUCAUGGGAGGAGUAGUCAUUCUCAAACGAGGCAUGGGUUGAAAGAAGUCCGACGUGGCCUGACAACCUCAAAAGAGCUCCUCAAACUUCUAACCAGAUUUUGGGGCAUGGCGGACCAGCAGUCCACGUGUCUCUCCCUCAUCUCUGCCCUCAAGACCGAGCUUGACCAGGUCAGCGCUCAGGUCACCAAGGCCAUCCAAGGGGAGGUCGAUUCCCUCCUGAAACGGCUCGAGGAAGAGAGGGCCAAGGAGAGGAGGAGGGUUCACAGCGCCAUGGAGUCUCUCGUGGGCGAGCUCAGGAGCGAGAAGCGGAUGCGGAGGCAGACCGAGCGGCUGAACAAGAACCUGGGGCGAGAGCUGGCGAGUGCCAAGGCGUCCCUGUCUGAGGCCGCGAAAGAGGCCGAGAGCGAGAGGAGGGCGAGGGAGAUACUCGAGCAAGUGUGCGACGAGCUUGGACGCGGCAUCGGGGAGGACCGUGCCGAGGUGGAGGCGCUGAAGCGCGAGGCGGCUAAGGUGAGGGAGGAGGUUGACAAGGAGAGGGAAAUGCUCCAGCUCGCCGACGUGCUCAGGGAGGAGAGGGUGCAAAUGAAGCUCUCCGAAGCCAAGUUUGAGUUUGAGGAGAAAAACGCCGUCGUUGAGGAGCUCAAAAGCGAGCUCGAAUCGUAUUUGAGAUUCAAAAAAGGCGGUCGAGGAGGAGAGGUGGAAGAAGAGUCUCCGAGCUAUGAACGAAUCAAGGCUCUCGAGAAGCAUUUGAGGGAAACUCUUCCCUCAAAUGGAGCAAAAAUCAAAACCCACAACGACGACAAUGAUGAGGAUGAUGAUUCGGGUGGCGGCGAUAGCGACCUCCACUCCAUUGAGCUAUGUGUGGAUGAAAACAGCAAGAGCUAUGAAUGGGCUAGCAAUAAUAAUAAUAAUAGUAAUAGUAUAGGGAGAUCUAAAAAGCAUUGCCCAAUAUAUCUCGAGAGACAAACCUCGGAAGGCAUUGUUUUGGAAUUCGCGGCGGGGGUUGCGCGAAAGGAAGAAAAUGACAAGUGCGCAAACGGGUUUUCGCCGCAUUCGUUGCAUGGUUCUUGGAAAAGGGAGUGCGAGGUCGAGUUGGAGAGGUACAACAUGAUCAAGGACCUUAGAGAUCACAUUGUUUCUUCUUCUUCCAAAACCACAUCAUCUUCCCAAGAUUUGAUCAUUAGUCCAGCCAAGAAAUGGAGCCAUCAAAGCUUCAAUUCCCAAGAUUUCACUGCCAUGGUUGGGGAUUCAAAUUCAUUCAGUGUUGCAGGGAACAAAUGAAUGAGGCAAAAAAAAUGUCCCAUUUUGUGAAUGCCAAUCCGGGCCAGAGUAUGCGUCCUUACAUGUUUCAACCGUAUGUGAUUGAUUGAUAAUUAUUAAAUUUUUCAAUCAAUCACAAAUAGUUGGCCCCACAAAUUGUGGGCCCCAAGGAAUCAAGACUCAACCUUUGCAACACUCUCAAGGAUAUCCCCCUAUGUGUACAUCUCAAGAACAGGGGGAUAUGAUAGUCCCUAUCUCCAAUGCAGUUAUUAGGGGUAUGAAAAGUUUCAGGGAGCUGGGAAUAUGAUAUCGAUUGGACGAAAAUGCCCUUGAUGUGGAUAUAAUUUUUCACUCAUUUUCUUGAUAAAUGAUUUCUGGAAUUUCCAUAUAGUCAAAGUUCAUUGUCCUGUUGUUUGAGUCACAUGAAUUGUACAAAGUUUGCCUCUUUUUUUACUGGGAAU